UUCAACCGCACAAGUUGUAACAAUGGCGACCAAAGUUCUCAUGGUUGCAGAGAAGCCAAGUAUCGCUCUGUCAAUUGCUACUGCACUCUCUGGUGGCCGAAUGUCAUCAAGAAGAGGUAGUACCGAGGUUCAUGAGUUUGAUGGGACGUUCUUAGGAUAUCGGGUGCAAUAUAAAGUGACAUCAGUGAUUGGUCACGUUUUCAGUGUAGAUUUUCCACCGAAGUAUCAAGACUGGGCUACUACAGAUCCUCUGAGUCUUUUUCAAGCUCCAGUUGUGAAGUCAGAAUCUAACCCAAAGGCUCAUAUUCGUCAACAUCUGAACCGGGAAGCUCGUGGUUAUGGAGAUCUAGUACUGUGGUUGGACUGUGAUCGUGAAGGAGAAAAUAUAUGCUUUGAAGUUAUCGAGUGCACGGGAUUUAAUGUUGGUGAUGGCCGAAGAGUUCAUCGUGCACGGUUUUCUUCUGUGACUGAGAAAGACAUUACCCAUGCUAUGAAAAAUCUUGUUCAGCCCAACAAAGAUGAGUCAUUGGCUGUAGAUGCUCGGCAGGAAAUUGAUCUCAAAGUUGGAGUUGCAUUCACACGAUUUCAGACUACUUAUUUCCAAGGGAAGUAUGGAAAUCUGGAUUCUAGAGUUAUCUCAUAUGGCCCAUGUCAAACUCCUACCCUUGGAUUUUGUGUGCAGCGCUACCUUCAAAUUAGUACAUUCAAGCCAGAAAAGUUUUGGGUUGUGUUUCCGUACAUAAUUAAAAAUGGUUUUGAGUUAAAGCUGGAAUGGGAUCGUAAUAGGUUGUUUGAUCAUGAUGUAGCGGAGAUGUUUCAGAAGUUAAUAAUUGAAGAUGCAGUUGUGAAAGUCACCGGUAUUUCAGAAAAACAAGACAGCAAAGGUCGCCCUUCUGGUCUUAAUACAGUCAACCUUUUGAAGGUUGCAUCAAGUGCACUAGGGUUUGGACCUCACUUGGCAAUGCAAUUGGCUGAGCGCUUGUAUACCCAAGGUUUUAUCAGCUAUCCUCGGACAGAGAGUACAGCAUACCCUUUAUCUUUUGAUUUUAAAGGAACUCUUGCCACAUUAGCCAGUAAUGCAGUAUGGGGUAGUUAUGUGCAGACACUUCUUAACAAUGGCUAUCAUAAGCCCAAAUCAGGAACCGAUGUUGGUGACCACCCACCAAUUACCCCUAUGCGCUCAGCUAAUGAAGAUAUGCUUGGUGGAGAUGCUUGGAGACUCUAUCAGUAUAUCUGUCAGCAUUUUAUUGGUACCCUUUCCCCUGACUGCAAAUAUGUGAGGACAAAAGUUGAAUUUUCUGUGGGAGGAGAAGUCUUCCAUUGUGUUGGGCAGCAUGUAAUUGUGAGAGGAUUUACUGCAAUAAUGCCAUGGUUGGCAGUGACUGAGAAAAAUCUGCCCCAGUUUACUGAAGGGGAGAAAAUUGGGAUUUUGAAAGUUGAGCUAUAUGAGGGUAAAACUGCUCCUCCAGAUUACCUGUCUGAAAGUGAGCUGAUUUCACUAAUGGAGAAGCAUGGGAUAGGAACGGAUGCAUCCAUUCCAGUGCAUAUCAACAACAUAAGUGAACGGAAUUACGUGAAGGUAGAAGCUGGAAGGAGGUUGGUGCCAACAACAUUGGGUGUUAGUCUUAUAAGAGGGUAUCAGUGUAUAGAUCCAGAUCUUUGUUUGCCUGACAUACGUGGUUUUAUCGAGCAUCAAAUCACACUAGUUUCUAAAGGUCAAGCAGAUCAUGCGCUUGUUGUGCAGCAUGUACUUGAACAGUUCCAACAGAAGUUUAAUUAUUUUACUAAGCAGAUUGAAAAUAUGGAUGCACUGUUUGAAGCACAAUUUUCUCCACUUUCAGAUACUGGGCGUGCACUUAGUAAAUGUGGAAAAUGCCUACGCUAUAUGAAGUACAUAUCUAUGCUUCCAUCACGGCUGUACUGUAAUACAUGCGAAGAAGUCUAUUAUGUUCCUCAAAAGGGCACAAUCAAGCUGUACAAAGAACUCACCUGCCCUCUGGACAAUUUUGAGCUAUUGCUCUUUUCCAUGGCUGGACCAGAUGGGAAGUCAUUCCCUCUUUGUCCUUAUUGCUACAACAAUCCUCCAUUUGAAGGUAUAGACACGUUAUUCGGUGCCUUCAAAACCGGCGGUUCGGGCAAGUUAGGAAAGGGAGUUGGCAUGCCUUGUUUCCUUUGCCCACACCCUACAUGCCCUCAUUCAUUAAUAUCUCAAGGUGUGUGUGCAUGCCCAGAGUGUGAUGGGACCCUCGUCCUGGAUCCUGUCAGUGCUCCCAAAUGGAGACUUUAUUGCAACAUGUGCAAUUGUCUUGUUUUGCUUCCAGAAGGUGCUCAUCGAAUAAGCACAACCAAAGAAAGAUGUCCUGAUUGUGACUCCACUAUUAUAGAAGUGGACUUUAAUAAGAAAACGACGCCAUUGAAAGAUGGAGCUACUUUACAUGUUGGGUGUAUUCUUUGUGACGAGUUGCUGCAUUCGCUUGUUGAAAUGAAACAUGGAAAGUCUUUCUUUAGACGUGGUGGAGGGAGAGGAAGAGGCAGGGGAAGAGGUAGAGGUAGAGGGCGGGGACGUGGUGGUAGGAAACAAGAUCCCAAAAUGAGUUUUAGAGAUUUCUGAAAUGCAUAUUUGUAUGGUUAGUUUGUUUUCUUCUUUUUAGUAACAUGUGUGCACUUGCCAAACAGAUGUAUGGUUGAUACAAGAUUUAAACAAAAAAAACUUGAAAA